AUGGCCAAAAGUGUGGAACUACAACAUACAACUGUCGAAACAGUAGAUCGAUGGGCUGCCAUAGUCAUCUUCAUAACAGCGCUCAUAGGUGUAUUAGUCAACGGUUUUAUAGGAAUAUAUAUCCAUCGCCUUCCUAUUCUAAGAAACUCAUUUGGUCGACUUCUCCAACUGCAGGCAAUUGGUGAUUGUGUGUUUGGUUGUGUUUGGGCUUUCUAUUUUGCACCGACUUUGUUCUUUGAUAUUCGACCAUUCCAAGAUUUGGCUAUCGCCUCUCGUUUCGCUCAAUUGUGUCUAAUCUGUUAUGAUAUAUCUAUAUACAGUCAUUUGAUUAUUUCCAUCAAUCGCUUCAUCUCGUUGUAUUUUCCAACACAUUACUCGGGCAUUUUCACUGAUAAGUUCACUAAUGGACUUGUUAUUUUCACGGUAGUAUUCAGUUUUGCUUUCUCCUGGUUUCUGGUCGCAGUCGACUGUUUAAUGGGCUUCUCAAUCAGAAGAUGGAUGCUCGACUAUCAAUUAGACCGAUGUAAUCUAAUUUAUGUUCAUUAUGCUGAAUUCUGGAGAGGUUUAAUCCUUAUCGCCAUUUUUGCUGUAGUUAACGCUUUAACUUUCACGCGAAUGCAUUUUGUGAACAACCGGAAACGAAUUCAAGGGCAAAGUACAUACGAAUCCAUUCAACAGAUGAAACGACGAGCUGUUGAACGAACUUUUAUACAACAAGUUACCCUACAAGGAAUUAUAUACGCCAUUGAACUCAUAACAUAUUUUUAUGUGGCAGUCGCUUUCCCGGUAGAUGAUGAAACCAUCCAAACAGACUCCAACCGAUGGCCAAACUUCCUUCUCACUACCUAUGCUUGGAUAUCUGUUCAUACCUUAGACGGAUUGGUCACUUUGGCAUUCAAUCGUCAGUUCAGAAGAGUUUUAACAACGCCGUUCCGGUCACAUUCGAAAACAUCUGAUGGUAACAUGAAGACGCACUCGCACUUACCCGUCUCAGGACAAAGUCAUGCGUCUCGCACAACAUCGUCCAGCGGGUUGAAGAACGAAACGUUGCUAAAGGUUAGGGGUGUUGAACUUGGAGAACAACUUUAG